AUGGCUAAUCUGGCAAGCACAUUGUGGCAGCAGGGAAAGCUGGAUGAAGCAGAGGAGCUGGAGACACAAGUGCUGGAGGCAAGGAAAAGGGUGCUGGGCCCUGAGCACCCAUCCACCUUGACCAGCAUGGCUAAUCUGGCAAGCACAUUGUGGCAGCAGGGAAAGCUGGAUGAAGCAGAGGAGCUGGAGACACAACAUGGCUAA